ACACACACACACACACACACACACACACACACACACACACACACACACAUUCUCGUGCAGACAGCUGAAUCUCAGUUCAGUCCUUUCUGCUACUCGAGCAAGGAGCCUGCCGGUGAUCGCACUAUUGCCUGAAGCGAAGAGGCCGAGUCGGCGUUGAUUCAAUUUUACAGCCCAGUCACUCUCUCUGAAGCUCCGAUUAGUCAGCCGAGGGGGAGAGGAGAAGAAGAAGGAAAGGAAUAGUGAUGGCUGUGACCGACAUUGCGGAGGACAACCUGGAUGAGAUGAUGCGCGAAGAAGCGGAGGAUGUCUUCUAUGAGGAUGGAGUGUCAUCCCGUGUCCCCGAGAUCAUGGCGGCUGGUACUCACUCCCCCGGAGGGCCCAACGGCAUAAUCCGGAGUCAGUCCUUUGCUGGCUUCAGCACGCUACAGGAACGACGCUCUCGGUGUAACUCUUUCAUGGGGAACUCAGCGGUGCAGAAGAAGCCUCAGUCCAAGCCAAAGAAGCCCCAUCUGUCUGGACACAAAGGAGGCAGCAGCUCCAGAGAGCCCCAGCCCAAAAGACUGGAGGAAGUCUACAAUGCACUCAAACAAGGCCUAGAUGAGUAUCUUGAAGUUCAUCAAACAGAGCUGGACAAACUCAUGUCUCUGAUGAAGGACAUGAAGAGGAACUCUCGCUUGGGAGUGCUGUACGAUCUUGACAAGCAAAUCAAAACCAUUGAGCGGUACAUGAGACGCCUGGAGUUCCACAUUAGCAAGGUGGACGAGCUGUACGAGGCCUUUUGCAUCCAGAGCCGUCUGAGGGAAGGCGCCAGCCGUAUGAAGCAAGCCUUCUCCUCUUCUCCCUCCACUAAAGGCACCAAGGAGAGCAUAGCAGAGGUCAACCGCCGCUACAAAGAAUACACUGAGAACAUGAGCACGUUCGAGAGCGAACUAGAGAACCUGCUUGGGGAGUUUCAUAUCAAAAUGAAGGGUUUGGCAGGCUUUGCUAGGCUCUGUCCUGGAGACCAGUAUGAGAUCUACAUGCGGUAUGGUCGCCAGCGGUGGAAGUUGAAGGGAAGGAUUGAAGUGAACUCCAGACAAAGUUGGGAUGGAGACGAGAUGGUCUUCAUGCCUCUCAUCACUGACCUCAUCAACAUCAAGGUGACAGAGCUGAAGGGCCUGGCCAAUCACAUGCUGGUCGGCAGCGUGAUCUGUGAGACCAAGGAGCUGUUUACUGCCAUGCCUCAGGUGGUGGCCGUUGACGUCAACGACCUCGGGACUAUCAAACUCAACCUGGAGGUCACGUGGUACCCCUUUGAUGUUGAGGACCUGACUCUGUCAUCUGGUAACGUCAGUAAAGCUACAGCACUCCAAAGACGAGUGUCGGUCUACAGCCAGGGCACGCCGGAGACCCCAACUUUUCAGGAUUCCUCCUUCUUUAAGUGGCGGCCAUAUCCUGUGGAGCGCCAACGCCUCUCCUUCCUACACAUGCUCCGAGACACCCUGCUAGAGAAGCUAAGGCGCAGUCGCUCGUUUGGUGACCUGGCCUCACUCCGGCCAAGGCCCAAAUCCAGUCUGGAGGUCUAUUCCACUUUACCAGAUGAUGUCUUUGAGAACGGUGGCUGCGGCGUGGCUGAGUGCAAGCGUCUGUCCUUCACCUUCUCGGACACGUCUGGAUCCACGCCCAGCCCUGCCCCGAGCUCACACUCCCCCGGCCUGUCCAACCCUGAGAUCACAGUCACCCCUCCAGAAAUUGACCCAUCACCUAUACAAAUCCUCCCAACUAGGGAGGACUCCAUUGCUGAGGAGCAUUUAGUGGAAGAAGAGGAGGAUGAGGAGGAUGACGAGUACGAAGAGGAUGGAGAGACGGGUAGUAGAGGAAGUAGGGCCACCAGUGCCAGCCUUGCCAGUGAUGAAGCUGAGGUGGCAGAGGACUCUGAGUGGGAGCGUACAGAGUCACAGCGAAAUUCUAGCUCAAACUGUGGUUCAGCCGCUCCGUCCCUCUGCUCUGACGGCCACCUGUCCACAGUGGCUCCAGAGGAUGUUUUCUUGGACCACACUGAUGAACUGAAACCUGUGGAACUGGACACAGAGGAGGCGGGCAGCCUGACCAGGCAGCUGGUGAAGAGGCUGACUUCUUCGGAAAUUGAACCGCCAAGUGGGAGCUCCACGGAAGGAGGAGGAAAUCUGAGCUGGGCAGGAGAGGGAAGCAGGGCGUUCCUGGAGAGCAGCCUGGAGGAGGCCAUCCACAGCCUAUUGAUGAGGCUGGAGUCUCUGACUCACCGCUGCCGAGAGCUGCAGGACCUGGAGCAGGAAGUGAUGCGUCUGGAGGACCUACUCAAGUGUCGUCUCCCAGGUCACAGGAGCCGGUCAUCCAGCCUCAGUCUGACAGUGGAGAGUGCUCUGGAGAGUUUCGACUUCCUUAACACCUCUGACUUUGAUGACGAUGAUACUGGAGACGAUAGUGCCAUCCUUAGCAACCCCCCACAGAGGUCUCCACUUUUUGAUACAGAUGGAGAAAGGAUCGGUGGCCAGCAUCCAGAAGCCAGAGGACACCUUAGUGAAGCCCUGACAGAGGACACAGGGGUCGGCAACAGCGUGGCAGGAAGCCCCCUGCCACUCACCACUGGAAACGAGAACCUGGACGUGGCUAUUGUCAUCCACCUGCAGUACUGUAAUCACCUCAUACAGUUGUUGACCAGUGGGAUGGGUGUGUGGAAGCGCCGCAGUCUUCUCCUCAAGAUGUCAGGACAGACACAGUUGUUAGAGGAGCUAGCAGAGAUCAGUGCGGACAGACUGGGAGCAAUUACAUCUGCUGCUGAUGUUCUUCCGGGCCUCGCAGAGCGCCCACAGCUGAUGACUCUGUGGUCAGAGUGCAGCGGGUCUGCAGGGCUUUUCCACACCACACUGGACAGAGUGUUCCAACACAUGAACCAGCGCUACACAGAAGUGCUGCAGGAGAGACACCCACACAGCGCAGACAAAGUAAUUGGUGUUGUAGUGGGUGAGAUGGUGGACAGGAGUGAUCUGGUGGCGGCACACAAUCCUUCUGCCGCUGAGCUCUCCCACGACGUCCUGACGGUGUUUCAGUUCCACAGCUACAUCUUACAUCAUGAAGUGCAUGACAUGGAGACACAUCUGCUGCAUCUGGCCAGAGAAGAGGUGUUUGCAGAGGCUCUGUGCAGUGGGGAUUAUGCUCAGUGUGUAGCAGAACUAAAGGAGGUGCGUGUUUCAUCCCUGUGGCCAAGAAAUGACACCCUGAGGGCCCUGGCCUGCCUGCUCACUGCCGAGGACCCUCAGGUCAACAAAGCAGCAGCCGACUACAUGUCUUCUGCAUCACACAGCCACUUCAGGACCAGAGUGAGUGAGUGAGUGAGUGUGUGUGUGUGUGUG